CUGAGGUCUCCUGUGGGGAUAACAGUAUCAGCAUUGUCAUAAAAAAAGCCUCCAUGGAGGGCAUUGACCAGAACUGGAUUCAGCUGAGAGAUCCCACUUGCUCUCUUACCACAAAUGAAACCCACAUCCUGGGCACGAUGUCCCUCAACACCUGUGGCACUACAGUGGAGGACUCUGGAGAUUUCAUGGUCUUCAAAAAUGAAAUCAACUCCUUUGAGAACCCGAAUGCAGUCAUCACCAGAUGUAAUCAAGUAAAGAUUGGCUUCUCCUGCCAAUAUCCCAAAGUAGCCAGCGUCUCCAGCCACUAUGUCAACCACAAGUCUGACUACAUCUUCACUGAAUCCAGCUUUGGCACUUUUGGUUACUCAUUUGAAGUUUUCACAGACAACAGCUUCAACAGUCAGGUAGAUCCCAACCUGUAUCCAGUGGAGGUGAAGCUCAUGGAGAUGCUCUACAUGGGUAUUGAAGCCCAUUCCGCUCUCCCAGAGGUCAAACUCUUUGUUGAGUCCUGCAGGGCCACUCCAGAAGACAACCCAUAUAGUACUCUCUAUUAUGACAUCAUCAAAGAUGGGUGA